UUUUCCCGAUCGUACCUGAAGCCAUCACCAACUCCUGAUUCCUGUCCUCAACAAUGAAGAACUUUUGCCCUCUGAGUUUACACUGAAGCGACAAGGACGUGUGGGAUGCCGGACGGGAUGAGGUGAAAGUCAGAUGUAACGCCAAACAUGUGAAGAAGGAAGGAAUCGCGACAAAACAGUGUUUCCUUUUUACGCGAUAUGGAAAAAAUGGCGAAUUCAAGUUCUUCUCAUGUGUUUCCUUCCUUGACCCCGGCUCUGGCUCACCGCACAGAGGUCCUGGAAAAUCCGCUUCAGACUUAUCUCCUGGGAAUCAUCAUCUCCAUAUGUGGGAAUGUCCUCAUCAGCAUCUCGCUCAACAUACAGAAAUACGCCCAUGUACGUCAGGCACAGCGAGGAUCCAAACCCUACUACACAUCCGCCAUGUGGUGGUGCGGUGUGGUUCUCAUGGGUGUUGGGGAACUGGGAAACUUUGCUGCCUAUGGCUUUGCUCCAGCAUCUCUCAUAGCCCCACUGGGCUGUGUGUCUGUUAUAGCCAGUGCUAUCAUAUCUGUGGUUUUUCUCAAGGAGACGCUGUGUGCCUCUGACAUCGUUGGUGGUACCUUGGCAAUAACAGGAACGUACGUCCUGGUGACCUUUGCCCCCCACACCUCCACACACAUCACAGCCCAUCUGGUCCAGUACUACGCCAUCAGCUGGCACUUCCUGCUUUACCUGUUUAUAGAGAUCGUCAUCUUUUGCCUUCUGCUUUAUCUGUACAAGAGGAGGAACAUGAAGCACAUCGUCAUUGUGAUGCUGCUGGUGGCCCUGCUCGCCUCUCUGACAGUGAUCUCAGUCAAAGCCGUGUCAGGGAUGAUCACAGAGUCGAUAAAAGGCCAGCUGCAGCUCAUCUACCCCAUCUUCUACGUCAUGUUUGUUGUCAUGGUUGCUUCUUGCGCCUUCCAGAUCAAAUUUCUCAAUCAGGCGAUGAAAAUGUUUGAUGCCACAGAGGUGGUUCCUAUCAACUUUGUGUUUUUCACAGCAAGCGCCAUCGUUGCAGGGAUUGUAUUCUAUCAGGAAUUUGAAGGCUUGGCUUUACUGAACAUCGGUAUGUUCCUGUUUGGUUGUCUUUUGUCCUUUGUUGGCGUUUUCCUGAUAGCCCGAAACAGACCAAAGAUAAAGCAGCAAGAUCGCAAUUUUAUUGCAAUGAAUAAAAUUCCUGGGAGAAGGCACACAGACAAAGUUCAGCCUGAGGCAAAGACUACAACAUACGGAUCACUGGCAGCCAAACUUAUGUGCAACAGAUCGGGCCAAACAGACGAUUCAUAGGCCCAGCUCCAUCUGUUGAGACUGUCAUUUUGAUGCAUUUGUGUGUGCGUCUCUCUUCUUGGUUCAUUUAAAAUGUGUUUAUAGAAAGAAAUGAUGGCCAUCAGUUAAAACCAGUGCCAGCUGAGCAUCAGAACUGGUGGCCAUAUUGAUU